GCAUCGCCCCUCAAGUGGGCGUGGUCUCAGCGGACCCGGAAGCGGCCGCCUUAAAGCGGCGUGGCGGCGCCCGCUCUGCCGCUGUUUACGCGCGCGCUGUUUCGGGUCUUUUUUUGUUACAUUUUAAUUUUUACAAUUCAAUAUUUUGUACAUUUUAACACCCCCCCCUUUUUGUACUUGUAAUAUACAGCGCACUGCAGGCACUGACGCACAGACGCAAGCGCGGUUCGUAAUUGCAUUAACACGUUAUACCACUCUUCUCAUUCACACGCUGGGAUAGGCACACUGACAAAGAUUACCCGUAUAGCCUGCAAUAGAUAACUGGAGUCGAAGGGGGGCAAGUGCUGUGCAUCAACUCAGACAGGCACGCACGCCACGCGUAUGCGCGCGUCGCGACUAGGCGCUGCGCUUCGUGCUAAAAGAAAGCGGUGAAGCAGGCGGCUGCAGGGUUUGCAAGCCCUGCAGGUCCCAAGCCCGGAGCGUGGCUGUCUGGUAGUGGUGGUGGUGCUGUGUGUGUCGGCCGCGUCCGCUGGCGGCAAUGGUGCUGGGCAAGGUGCGCUCGCUGCGCGUCGCCUUCGACUGCGAGCCGGGCCAGGCGCCCGUGUUCUCGGGCGGCGACGUGGUGGCGGGCCGCGUGCUGCUGGAGGCGGCGGGCGAGCUGCGGCUCCGCUCGCUCGUGCUGCAGGCGCGCGGCCACGCCAAGGUGCACUGGACCGAGUCUCGCAACGCGGGCUCCAACACGGCCUACACGCAGAACUACAGCGACGAGGUGGACUUCUUCAGCCACAGGGACGCCAUCAUCGAGCCCGAUACCGAAACGGCGGUGGAAAACCGUGAAGAAGCAACCACCGUCUUGCAGGCUGGAAAACACGAGUUUGCCUUCAGCUUCCAGCUGCCUCAGGGACCUCUUGCUACCUCCUUCGAAGGCAAAUACGGAUUUGUCCGCUACUGGGUCAAAGUGGAACUUCACCGCCCGUGGACCCUCGUGCAGAAAGCCAAGUCGGAGUUCACGGUCAUCGAGCAGGUCGACAUCAACACUCCGGACCUGCUGUCUCCUGCGGGCGGCACCAAGGAAAAGACUCUGUGCUGCUGGCUCUGCACCUCAGGACCCAUCUCGCUCUCUGCCAAAAUCCAGCGCAAGGGGUACUGCCCCGGCGAAUCGGUGCCCAUCAACGCGGAGAUCGAGAACUGCUCCUCCCGCCUGGUGGUGCCCAAAGCCGCCCUCUACCAGACGCAGACCUUCUGCGCCAAGGGAAAGCAGAAGGUGGUGCGCCAGCUUGUGUCCAACCUGCGGGGCGACUCCGUGUCCCCGGGGAUGGCGGAGGCGUGGAACAGCAAGCUGCUCAAAAUCCCGCCCAUCUCGCCGUCCAUUCUCGAGUGCGCUCUCAUCCGCGUCACCUACGAGCUGCUGAUUUACGUGGACAUCCCCGGCGCGCUGCAGCUGAGCCUUAGCCUGCCGCUGGUGAUCGGCACCGUCCCACUGCACGCCUUUGGCAGCCGCACCUCCAGCAUCAGCAGCCAGUGCAGCCUCGACCUGCAGUGGUUGCGCCUGGCGCUGCCCGACUCACCCGAAGAGCCACCACUGUAUGCGGACGUGGUGAGCGAGGAGCAGCGUCAGAGGAGUCUUCCGCCGUCUCGGCCUCGGGACGAGUUCGAGGGCGCCCUCGCGCGCCCCGUCUACGCCUAUGUGCAGGAGUUCCGCUACCAGCCUCCGCCACUCUACUCCGAGCUCGAUCCUCACCCAUCGGAAACCAGCGAAAGGAUCCCCUCGCACUGAACCUCGGAGACAACGCGACCGUCCGACCCGGUAAAACCGACGGGAGGAGCUGCACCCCCCACCCCCUCCCCGCGGCUCUGCAAGGUGCCGCGGAGAACACCGCGGCCGCCGCCGUCGUCACGACGAGGUUGGCGGCGACCGAUUUGCGCCCCCUCCCCACCCCGACCGGGGUGGCCGUCGUGCUGCUGCUGCUGCUGCUACGUGGCGGACACAGCGGCGAAGACUGCGAGACUGGAAGUACCAAAGCACAGCAAAAAAAAAAACGAAAGCGAGAGACGCGGACUCGCGGAGCACUUGCGCGCCGGUACCAUUCUUCUUCGGAGAGAGAGAGAGAGAGAGAAACCUGACCCCCCCGCUUCAGAAAGAGAACGGUUUUAUAUGAACAUGGACGGGAUUGUGUGUGCGUAGCGCUGGGACGAGGACACUUUUGGGGGGAAGGGGGUGGGGGGGAGGGGUUUUCCCCCACGCAAGAGUGAAGAAUGGUGCUGAAGAAAUAAAAAAAACGAAGCUUACUUUUAGAUGUAAGUAUUACUUAUCUGUGGUUUACAUGCUGUGUUGCCUCUGUUCACAUGGAAAACACAUUUGACGUCAUUAUCAUCGUCACCGACCCUGCGUUGGUUUCUCUCAUGGGCACGGCCUAGCGCUAAAGUAAAGUAUGUUUGUUUGGUUAAAGCUUACUUUUGCCAACAAAAACACUCAGGUAAUGCAGCUAUGCGAUUUGUUAUUUCUGUUUGUCUAUUGCGAGUUCCUGUGUGCACACGCGCUUGUUCAAAGUUUUGUAUUAUUAUUAUUUCCCUUUUGCAACUCGUUCAUAUGAAUUCUGCAUGUUCGAUCACACUAAAUAUGAAUGUACGGUUUUUUUGGGGAACAAACUUCUUAAUGAUUUUUAAAAAAAAUUCACGUGGAGGGGUAAAAAAAUCAUUACAAACGUUGAGUUAAAACAAAGAAGAAAAACUCAUUCGAAGUGAAGAUUUGACGUGGGGGUUUAAUUUUUCCAUGUGACUUGGAAGGCCCAUUUCAUUCCAUGCCCUCGGUCCGAAUGUAAACCCACAGAUGUUCCUUGUGCAAUAAUUGCUUUCGAGUGACGGGGAGUUCCGUCUUUUGAAUUCCUAUCCACGUCUAAUACAGGGCAUUUGUAUCGUUUUCAUGAUAUAACAAAAUUUAAAGCAUCGUUUGUGGAGGAAACGCUAGCACCCUGGUUGUGUGUGCGGGCGUGUGUUUUUUGUUGUGUUGGAACAGUUUUUAAACGUAGGAAGUUGCUUGUACAUUGUGAGUUGGAUAAUUGUAGCGAAUCUUUUUUUUGUACCGGAGUCUUGUGUUCACUUUAUUUAGAGGCGUGUAUUGGAAUGCGUUCUAGAGCUAUUACACACCAUAUACAAUCACUGCUUGCUCUUCCUAUGUAAUCUGUAUCCCCGUUUUUUUUGACGGACAUCAAUCGUAGCACUUUUUUUUCGGGGAGGGGUGGAUCCGGGGGUCGUUUGGUUCGUUUAAUGUUACAUUGUGAAUGGGGGGGUGGGGGGGUGGGGGGGUUCAGCUGCAAGGUUUUUUUAAACGAAUAAAAGCAAAAGUUAAAAAGCUAAAAAGUAUUUGUUGGUGUGGCGUUGCCACUCGUUGUCGCCUGCAUGCCGCGUGCCGUGCCGGCAGCUGGUCAGGCCGCCCCCCCCCCCCCCCCUCCGCUGGAACACUCCAGCCAGCCGUGUUGCGUUACUUCCCCCAGCCCCUCCCGCUGUUACGAGGGACACAUAAGUCUCUCGGUCUCUUGUGUUGGUUGGAAACCCCUUUUACGAUGCGGUUUGCGCCUUCCCUUUGCCAAAUAAAUCAAAGCAAAAUGAA